UCGCAUUCCACGCUUUCGGUAGCACGAUCGUGGUUUCAGGAAAGAGAAACCGGGUUAACAAAUAGCCUCAUUCCAUUUCACAAGUGAUUUGAAGCCAGAUAUCUUUUAGAAUUCGUUGAAAGAAACAAAAAGUGAGUGAAAUGAAAGUGUGUGGAAUUCUAUUGCCGAAUAAUUGAACAUAGGUGGGAGAUUAUGCUACUAAUUAAAGAAGUAAAUUGUGGCACCAGGAAGACCACCUGUUAAACGUUGGAUGGAAUAACGCAUGGUACUAUUGUCAACCCUCAUUCAUAUUAUUUAUUAGAUGGAGCUCUAUCAAGAAGAAAAAAUUAUCACUUAGAUCUAGAACUAACGUGCUUAUUUUGUGAACUCGAAAUUGCUUCUUAAAAUUUAUUAAAAUGAGAAGCAGUUAAUUUAAGAUUAUCAGUGCUCAAAUGUGCAGUCAUUUGCUUAGCAGUGUGUUAAUAUUCGUAUACUAUACUCAGUAAACGUCAUAAUAUCAAUGUAUGUGCUCUUCUGAACAUUUAGAACGUUAGUGAACUGGAUCUCUGGUAUUUUUAUACAGCUGUCCCACAAUGCUGUCUUUAAAUAUGCAGUGUGAUACAAAACUAUGGAUGGUGUUAUUGUUGGCUGCCAAAUUGAUGUGUUUAUGCUGUAGCAGAGAAAUGAUAUCUCUGCCAAUCCCCGAGUACAAAGCAGUGGCGGGAGGCGACGCUCAUCUGCCUUGCAACUUUACCCUUCCUGAGGACCCAGAAGUUGUAUCUUUGAUGCUGUGGUACCGAGAGCAGGAGAGAGUGCCGUUUUAUACAGUGGAUUUCCGAAAAGGCACCAGGGACAAUCCAAAACACUUUACAGUGCCGGAAUACGCUGACAGAUCUUAUUUUGAUGUGACAAAAUUGCCGCCGACAAUUAGAUUAGAUUCUGUCGCGGCAGAAGAUGAAGGUAUUUAUCGCUGUAACAUAGAAUUUAGAAGAUCUAGAACUGUGACUAGAAUUGUCAAGCUCAACAUACAGAUCCCUCCCCUAUCUGUUGUGAUAAUGGACGACCGAGGACAAAGGUUAAAGGGCUUAGCCGGACCUUACGAUGAAGGAGCUUAUCUCUCAUUGCUUUGUGAAGCAGAAGGAGGCGAUCCAUCACCUUCGGUAACGUGGUGGCGUGACAGAUCGCUGUUAGAUGACACGUUUUAUCGAGCUUCCCAAAAUUACGUCAGGAACGAACUCGUCAUCCUGGAGCUUCGGCGGACAGAUCUUCUGGUGGAGCUUACUUGUCAAGCAUCCAGCACAAAUCUCACAAGGCCUCUGGUGGAACACAUCAAAAUAGAUCUGAACCUGAGACCAUUGUAUGUUAAGAUAACGACGCCACAAAAACCUUUGAAAGUCGGUGAAGAAGUGAGGCUGCAUUGUGAAACUUCCGGAUCUCGUCCUGUUGCUAAAAUAUCUUGGUGGAUGGACAACGUAAGAAUUCAAACUGGAAAAGAAUCUAUACCAAAUAGCAAAAAUAUCACUUACAGCAGUCUGAUUAUAAGACCAACCAUAGACGAUAAUGGUAAAACUGUUACUUGCAAGGCAGAAAAUCCAGUUCUGGCACAUCCUCCUGUUCAAGAUAAUUGGCCGUUGAAUGUACAUUUUCCUCCGGAAGUUUCAUUACACUUAGGAGCCAAUAUCAAGUAUUCCACGAUCAAAGAAGGCAAUGAUGUUUAUAUGGAAUGUACAAUAAGAGCGAAUCCGCAGAUUGCUGAAUUGACCUGGCUGUUUGAGAAUAGGCAGUUCUUCAGUAAUGCUUCAGCUGGUGUCAUAAUCUCCAAUCAAUCUCUGGUGUUGCAAAAAGUAAAAAAAGAACACAGAGGGAGAUAUAGAUGCAUCGCUUCCAACUCUGAAGGAGAAGGAGAAAGUGAUGAUUUGUUUUUAGAGGUUAGAUAUGCCCCCACCUGUAAACCCAAUCAAAAGGAUUUGUUUGGAGUUGCAAGGGAAGAAGAGGUAAACAUAACUUGUGAAGUUGACUCGGAUCCACAGGAUGUAACAUUCCGAUGGACUUUGAAUAAUUCAGUGGAAAACACUGAAUUGCAUAGUUUUGAAUCUUCUGGUGCGCUGAGUGUGCUUACUUAUACGCCUAAAAAUCCGAUGGACUAUGGAGCUAUCCAAUGCCUAGGUAGAAACUCAGUUGGUGAACAAAAGGAGCCAUGUGUUAUCAGAGUCAUGCCUGCUGGUCCGCCAGAUCCUGUUCACAACUGCGCCGUUGUUAAUCAAUCCCACUCAUGGUUACAAGUGGAAUGUGAACCAGGAUAUGGCAAUGGUCUUCAGCAAAGAUUCCAUUUGGAUGUUUACAAUUCCAGAGUCGAUCACUUGCAAGUUAAUAAAACUUCUAACGUUUCUCCCAAAUUUUCUGUACACGAUUUGCCUGCUGGUACACCAUUUGUAUUAGUUCUCUAUGCCUCUAAUGAGAAAGGGAAGAGCAAUUCACUUGCAAUCGUAGCGCAUACAUCACCAAGUCCAUCAACAGAAGCAGAAGCUGCUUUUAUGUCAAAACUCAGUCCACUCGUUGGGAUUCUUUUGGCUGUAUUGGGUACACUCUUAAUGAUUGGUGUUGUCGGUUUGGCUUUUGUCCAAAUACGUAAAAGAAGGUCUCCAAAAACCUCUAUAGAGGAGGACAAGAGCAAGAUUGAUAUGAGCAUAAAGAAAUCUUUAGAAGAUAUUGUCGAAACAACCGUUGCAUGCCCUGAUGUGGUUCCUCCUAACAACACAGUUUAUGUUAGUCCAGAUGGAGAAAGUAUUUGUGAAAUGGCAAAAGAUAAAAGCUCCAUGGGAACAAAGGAAAAUUAUCGUAACUGUGUAGUUGCAUUGAAACGUUCUUGGAGUUUUAAGAAAGGCCAUCAAGAGAAGGUUGAUGUAGAAGUAACGCUGGCAGAUUUAAACAACGCUAUAUCAAAGCACAAGGAUUCCUCUUCGACGACGUUCUUAGGAGAUGUUACGUUAGAGGAAAAUUUAUCUUCAAAGAAAAUUGUGAUAAAAGUUGAGCCUCCUCCUGAUCAAGCAAUGAGUGAGAGAGGUUAUCGAACGGACUCAGUCUAGACAUAUCUUCGGCAUGUGAAAAACGUCUUGUACAUGGCGCCAUCUUGUCCCGCGUCCAUAAAUACAGUAUGAUUACAGUGCCACCUCGACACGUACCUUGUUCAUUAUUAAAAAAAAAGCUGCGAAAAAUGGAUGUUAUAAAAUGAAAAGCAGAUGGAAACUUGUUGGACAGAAAAGGAGCUGAACAAAUUUGAGAAUCAGGAUGAAAACCAAGGGAUCAAGCGAUCUUGAAGUUUAUUGGGUUUGACAGAAAAAAAAGGACUUGGAAAUGCAACGGGUUAUGAAAUACUGGUGCUCAUUUUAUGUUGAUUUACAGUAUUCGUCGACUACCUAGUCAUUCAUCUAUUUGGUGUUGGACUCAGUAUAUUGCUGUUUAUCAUGUCAAAACACUGAACAUAUCGAUGUCUCCCAU